AUAGCAGACAGAGUCGGAGUCCCUCGAUCAUUCAUCUUCAAACGGCAGACAAGAUGAUGCCUGUAUUAAUUUCGCUUCUUUUAGUGGACCUAUCAACCGCCACGAGUUUGCCAGAAGUGAUGUCAUACGCGAAAGUAUCGCGAAACGGCCAGGAAGAAACAGAUAGUAGCAACGACCAGACCUCGUGGAUCACCAGCAAUGGAACCCAAGACGAGGGCAGGAGCAUCAAACACAUCGCCAUCACGAUGUCACCAGUUUACAUUGCGCCGAAAAUUCCGAAAUUGCAGAACGGGGAAGCUGCUAAUUAUUCACCAGUAAGAUACUCGACGCUGGACCACGAGAUGAUAGCAAAGUUAAAUUCGAAGAAAACAAUUCAAGACAGAUACCAUCCGCCAUCGAUCAUUUCUUUCAAGAAUAGAGGUCCUGCAAACGACGCGAAACAAGUCUCGAGACCUAUUCGUCCACCGAGUGGUCCACCGAGUGGUCCACCGAGUGGUCCACCGAGUGGUCCACCGAAUGGUCCUCCGAAUGCUUCACCAAUUGGCCCACCAAUGGGACCACCAAGUGGCCCAUCCGAUGAUUCUCCCAGUGGUCCACCCAGUGGACCACCUGAUGACUCUCCCAGCGGUCCACCAUCUUCGAGCAGCUUCGACUUCUCUAAGCCAAUAUUCUCGGACAGCUACGACUACAAACCACCAGACUAUUUCAACAACAAACCGAACUCGAAGCCGUCGGAGUACCUCAGCGAUAAGCCGAUUGCCAAGCCACCGGACUACCUCGGCGAUAAGCCGAUUUCUAAACCUCUGUCGAUGAACGAUUACCAAGACUUCGACACGAACGACAAGCCUCCAGACUCCUACAAACCAGACCCUCAUUACAACUCUCACGAUCACGACUCCGACUACCCCGAUUUUCCAUCCGAUUCGUCUUACAACGGCGACACACCACCGAAACCGAUCGAGUACUCGGGCCACCUGGACCAUCCUCCUUACAGCGACGAUCACGAUUUCCACCACGAGGUGAUCUACGAUCACAUACCGGAGUACCACGAGCACGAUCACACCGAGCAGCCGGAAAUGAACGACCAGAGGCUCGACAAGAGGCCCUACUCUUAUUACUACAUAGGGAAGAAGCUCUGGUACGUUCCAUUGUACUUCAGCAUCUACUUCAUCAUCUACAUCGCGGCCCUGGUGCUGAAGAGCAUAGCCAGACACAAGAUCACGUUCCCCAAUCAUCUGGCGGAAGCUGUCGCGCACUCCAGAUCGCACAUGGACUCCAGCUGGUGGGAUCUUACGGGACGGGUACUCGAGGGAGUGGAGAACUUCGCGGAGAAGUAUGGAUUGGUUACAUAG